AUGAUAAGCUGGUUGUUAGAUCUUUCAGUCAUACCAGAGGGCUUCUUCUUUGUUGAAAUUCCUCAUGAUGUGUUGGAUAUUUUACCAGAUGUUCAAAGGAAGUCUACAUUACAGCUGGACACCAUGGGAUUUGUUGAUCAAAGCGUGUUCUACUCCUGCUGUCCAUAUUUAUUAGAACUCAGAACCCUGUUGACGGAGUUUGCUGUGGGCUGUAGCAGUAAAACAUCUACCAUCAGGAAAAUCACUCCCGUAUCAGCCGAGGAUACUACCAUCCCUAAACCAUCAGAUGUUCAAAUUCAGUUACAACUGGAGGAGAAUUUCUUCCACAAUCACCCAGCCUCUCUGAGGAGAUGUGUGGAUUUUGUGGCCGAGCGAACAGCAUCUAACUUCAUCAAGAAGUUCCGCUCCACCUCCCUACAGAAAUCCCUGGGGACAGUAGGGAGGCAUUGAACACACACCUCAUGUCACAGGCUGGGGGCUCUCCUAGCGGGAAAGCAAAGGACAAGUUGCAGCAUGAUAUCUUGAAAAUUGCACAGGAUCAUGUUGCACAGGCCAAACUCACGGUGGCCAAA